UUCAGCACCCUUCAUUUCUGAGUUCUUGUGGUAAUGGAUUUGAAUACGAGUGUUUCGGCAAUAGGUUUCACAGUUUUAGUUUUUACUGUGUUAUUGUGCACUCUAUUGGGUUGUGUGAGAAGAGCCAAUGGGAGAUUGGCUUUACCAGGACCAUUUCCGCUGCCCAUAAUAGGAAACCUCCAUCAGUUGGGAGCGCUUCCUCACCGCAGUCUGCAGCGACUGGCUGAGAAAUAUGGGCCACUCAUGUCUAUCAGAUUGGGUUCAGUUCCUGUCGUUGUUGCGUCUUCCUCUGAGGCGGCGAAGCAGUUUCUGAAAACCCACGACUUGAUAUUUGCCAGCAGGCCUCCUUCCGCCGCUGGAAAAUACCUAUUUUACAAUUGCAAGGACAUCGUGUUCGCUCCGUACGGCUCUUAUUGGCGAAACAUGAGAAAAGUAUGCGUGUUGCAGCUGCUGACCCCGAAGAGAAUCGAAUCGUUUAAAGGGGUGCGGGAGGAAGAGGCGUGGGCGAUGGUGCGAUCUAUCUGGGAGAAGAGUGAGCAGGGUAGAGUGGGCGUGAAUUUGAGCCACACUGUUUCCUGCUACACAUCCGACUUGACCUGGCGAAUAUUGAUGGGCAAGAGGACUGUCGACCGCCUCUCUGGCGGUUCCGAAUUUGAGGAGUUGGCUGCACAGGCUGCUAAGUGGGCGGGUGUUGUGAAUAUUGGCUAUCUCAAUCCUUGUGUAGAGUGGCUCGAUUUGCAGGGGCUGAGGCGACGCAUGAAGAAAGUUCAGGAGCAGUUGGAUGCCAUUUUCGACAAAAUAAUCGAUGAACAUGUGGGCCGUCAGCCGGGGCGUAGCAGGGAGGAGCAGCACAAUGACGACUUAGUUGAUGUGCUUGUGGAUAUGGACGGGGAAAUCACCAUAGAAGACAAGAAGGCUAUAAUUAUGGAUAUGUUUCUUGGUGGAAUAGAAACAUUAGCGUCUGCAUUGGAGUGCGCAAUGUCAAAGGUAUUUAGAAACCCACACGUGCUGAAUAAAUUACAAGAAGAAAUCAAUUUUGUAGUUCAAGAAGAUGAGAAAGUUAAAGAUAGUCAUCUUGAAAAGAUGGAAUACUUGCAUUGUGUUCUAAAAGAGACAUUAAGAUUACAUCCAAUAGUACCAUUGCUCAUACGCCAUGAAUCUACAGAAGCAUGUAUUGUAGAGGGAACUCAUCAUAAUUACUUGAUACCAACAAAAGCAAGACUUAUUGUUAAUGCUUGGGCAAUAGGAAGAGAUCCAAGAGUUUGGGAAGAUCCCUUGGGAUUCAAGCCUGAAAGAUUUGUGGGUAAAAAUUUUGAUAUAGUCAAAGAUCCUGAAUUAAGGAUGAUUCCUUUUGGGGUAGGAAGGAGGAGUUGCCCUGGUUUUUCCAUGGCCAUUCCCACCAUUGAGAUUGCACUAGCAUACCUCUUUCACUAUUUUAAUUGGAGGAGUGAAGGAGAAUUAGAAAUGAAAGAAUAUUUUGGGGCCACCAUUCCCAAAAAAGAACAUCUAUUUUCUAUUCCAACUCAGAGGUUAAGAGAGAAUGCGCCUUCUUGUCUCAAAAUGGAAUGAUUAUAAGAAAUGGUCACCAUACAUCCAUUUGAAUUAUAUAUACCAUGAUUAGAUGAAAUAAAUAUUAUUCUUAUUAU